CUUCUGAGCGUUUGAUUAUUUUUGGGAAAUAAACUCUUUUCCUCGUUUACACCUGCCUGUGCUUGAGUCACUAUCUAGGCCUCCGUGGGUCAGGAGAUUGCUUCCCGCCGGCCACCUGGGAUCAAUCCCCGACCCUGACAAUUGCUACUUACUGAAGCCCAGUUUUCCUGUUUUUAUUCAAAAUCUUAGAACUAAGGCAUGAGAAACAUAACAUGAAAACAUGGGCAGUCACUUCCUUAAGGAACAAACGGCAUUAGAUUAAGAAGAUUUCAAAGCCAAAGUGAUUGUUACAGUCUGUAUGAUGACAGAAAAUGUACUUAAACACAGACUUUUUCCCCUCCUCAGACAACUCCAGCAACCAUGUCUUCAGCACUUGUGGUUUUCUGCGUCCUUCUCCUGCAUACCGGCGCUCAGGGUUUUGGGAUAUUACCUGGGAAAUCUCUGAAUCAUCUGGAGAUUACAAAGCAAGCCAUUUUGAACGCCACGGUGCAGACGUGCCGUUCUCUGGCCCAAGUUGAGGGAACAAACUUCGACUUUCCUGCACAGCCCUUCACAGCAGAGGGUGUUGCAGCUGCAUGCAGCGCGCCACAGUCAACUAAAACCUUCCUCCAAGCCAUCACCUUAAUCCAGCUCAGCAAUAUACGAGUGGACAUCCGCCGGGCUCUCAAUGCAAGCUUUCACUUUGAUGAGGAGAUGUUCGAACAAGGAAGAAGAAUCAUCACCCAGGGAAUGAUAGCUGUGAAAGCCAGCAACAAGCAGGGAAAUUAUGGGACAACAAGGCUGAAAUUAGGAGAGCUUCUACAUCCGUUACAGGACUUCUACAGUCAUAGUAACUGGGUUGAACUGGGAAAUACUCUCCCAAACUCCAAUCUGAUCAGAGCUGACACCAGCAUUGGUAACAUAGCAGCCGAAAGCAGAGCUACAUGUCGCAGCUGUGAUGGAGACGACUGCAGGAAUAACAUCCUGGAGGACAUCAUUUCAGGGAAUAUCCUGACCUCGGGCUAUUUUGGUAUCGUGCCUUUUGUCUCAACCAAACCAAAAGGAAAGUGCAGUCAUGGAGGAGCAGUUGAUCUAACAAGUAAAAUUGAGCCUAAAGGAGGGAUCAACAAAGACAGUUUUAGCGCCAGCCACGGACAUCUUCACACCCAAGCAGCAAACAUGGCCGUAGCUGCAACCAGUCAGCUGCUGGAGGAUGUUCGACUGGCUGCAGGGGACCGGCCAUUCCUGGAAAUGGUGGGAAUCUCCAAAGGAUCCAGUAAAGCUCUUUGUUUUGUCAUCGACACGACAAAGAGCAUGAGUGAUGACAUUGACGCGGUGAAGUCGGUCACCUCCACCAUAAUUGACAAUGAUGUGGGAACAGAGAACGAGCCCUCGGUUUACAUUCUUGUACCUGUGAAUGAUCCAGAAUUCGGCCCAUUGAAAAGGACCACAGACGCUACAAUCUUCAAGAAUACCAUUAACGCAUUAACAGCAGAAGGUGGGGGGGAUGAUGAGGAAUACAUUCUCUCAGGACUACAGCUGGCUUUGACUGGCGCUCCUUUCAACUCUGAGAUCUUUCUCUUUACCGAUGCACCUGCUAAAGACAAAGAGUUGAAGAACACAGUGAUCGCACUGAUAGAGCGGACCCAGACAACGAUAAAUUUCAUGAUCACAGAUUCAACAGUGACGAAUCGUAACGGCAACCUGCAGCAGUCCAGAAUGUUAGCAGCAUCUGAUGCUCAGCUGUACCGCGACCUGGCUCAGGCCUCGGGAGGCCUGGCUGUCGAAGUCACAAAGGCGGACCUUCCUGCUGCCACAGGAAUCAUUACGCAGUCCGCCACCUCCUCUCUGGUAACCAUUCUUCAGGCCUCCAGGGGUCCAGGGAGGUCAGAAAAUUUCCAGUUUAUCGUAGAUGACUCGGUAAAAAGCCUGACUCUUUACAUCACAGGGAGCUCUGUCACGUUCACACUCAUCAGCCCAAACGGUGGAACUCAGCAAAGCACCGACUCAGCAGGCUCACUGAUCUCUUCAUCUCAGUCUGUGGGAAACCUGAGGACACUGCAGCUCCAAAAACAAGUUGGACAGUGGGAAAUCAGAAUGGUGUCAACUGACUCCUACAGCCUGAGAGUUAUAGGUCAGAGUCCUAUUGACUUCUUCUUUGACUUUGUGGAGCCAUCCCAAGGCCCGUUUAGCGGAUUUGAUGCACUGGACACACGCCCCAGAGCAGGUGUCAGCAGCAGCUUGUUGGUGUCGGUAACGGGGAGCGAGUCUGCCACGGUGACCGAGGUCCUGCUGGUCAAAUCACCAGGCUCAGAGGAGGUCAGCGGGGAUUUGGUGCCCCAGGGAAGCGGGGCUGUCUUAGUCCAGUUCAACAGAAUGCCGUCAGAGGAGUUUGUGGUACGCCUGACUGGAAGAACCGCCAGCUCUUCAGAUGUUUUCCAAAGGCAGUCACCAACAAACUUCAGAUCUUCAAAUCUGACGAUUACUGCUGAUGCAAACAGCAUCCUGGUUCCAGGGACACCUUUUUCUGUGCCCUUCUCUGUGAUGGCUAAUGGAACGGACGGGAACCUUACCAUCCGAGCAACCAACAAUAGAGAUUUUGACUCAACGUUUCCAACCAGUUUAUUCAUGGAAAAUGGAAACGGCACUAACGGCACGGUGACCCUCUCAGCACCUCUGAACACCCCGUCCGGCACCGACGUCACGCUGACCAUUGAAGUCGAGGCUCCAGGGGGCGAAGAUAUGAACUACAUAGUGUUGCGUUUCACCAUUGUUAACACGGUGACUGAUUUCAACCCACCAGGGUGUCAGCUACUCAACCUGGAGGCCAACUGCACUAAGAACUGCAGCCUGUCAGAAUGGGUGCUCAGUGUCAGGGUGACCGAUGGUGCUGAGGGAACAGGUGUUGACCGCGUCAGCCUCAGGGAAGGCAGCGGGACGAUGAACACCAGUCUGGCAGCUGGAAACGAGAACAUAACACUGGUGUCCUACACGGCGUCCUGCUGCUCGCCCGAUGCGGAGCUGCUGGUGGUGGACCGGGUCGGUAACGUGGGCUUGUGUCCCUACAGUGCCCGAGAAGGAUCAUCAGCUGCUCUCUCCACGUCCACCAGAGUCACUCAGUCAAGCUUCCUCUGCUUCUGUAUGCUAGCAUUUGGACCUCUUCUUCUGACUGGCCUAGGCCCUGAGUGACUGCAUGUCAUAGCUGCAAACAGUUGAGUAAUCUAUACAUUUUCAUAUCUUACUUUAUCCUUACUUUAUCAUUUUUGAUCUUCUUGUUGAAUGAUACAUAAACAUGUCAUCCUUAUAUAGCAUUCUAAUUGUGAGAGGCUCAGAUUUGAGCCACUGCUCAAGUGGACUUUGUGAUGUGUUUCAGCUGAGAGGCACUAGGAUAGUUGUUAGGCAGGAGGUUUGGACACUCUGUAUAACCUGUUGCCAGCAUGACCGAUUUGAAAAAAAUACAAAACUGUUGUAGACAGCUUAAAAUACAUUCAGUUAUAACAGUAUUGCUAAGUAGCUUGUUACAAUUAAAUGAUUAACUUCUAAAAGUUAGCAAAGCCACACAUGUAAGUACCAUGAUGGGUUGUUGCCACCCAUUCAUUGGCAG